AAUACCAUCCUAAAUUCUUUCAAUUCAGCCUCCGCACUCAUCCUCCUGCAAUCAAACACCAUGGAUCUGAGCAAACCUCAAUUCAGAGCCUCUUCCUCUUCCUCUUCCAACCAUUCAUGCACAUAUGAUGUCUUUCUGAGCUUCAGAGGUCCGGAUACACGCAACUAUUUCACAAGCCAUUUGCACAGCAAUUUGGUUAACAAGGGAUUUGAGACCUUCAUAGAUGAUGGGCUUCCGAAAGGAGAAGAUAUAUCACAAAAGCUUCUCGAAGUAAUUGAGAGAUCAAAGAUUUCCGUGGUUGUAUUUUCUGCCAACUAUGCAUUUUCAAAGUGGUGCUUGAAUGAACUUGUCAAGAUCAUUGAAUGUAAAGAAUCCAAGCACCAAAUCGUUUGCCCAAUUUUCUACAAGGUAGAACCGUCGGAGAUACGAUACCAGACAGGCCAGGUUGGUGAUGGAAUUGCUCACCUUAGCAAAUACGAGGAGAACUUAAAGAAGGUGGAGAGUUGGAAGGCAGCUCUUAGAAAAGCAGCAGAUUUGUCUGGGUGGCUCAUCUCCGAUGGAGGGAAUGAAGCGAAUAUCAUUGGUGAAAUUGUUAAAGAUAUCUCAACCAAUAUAACAAAAUCCACCCUUUUACAUGUUGCAACACAUCCUGUUGGAAUAGAAUCUCGUGUAGAAGACAUACUUAAGCUCUUAAAUGUAGGGCAAGCCGAUCCUCACAUGGUAGGGAUAUGGGGAAUUGGCGGAAUAGGAAAGUCAACACUUGCGAAAGCUGUUUACAAUUCAAUUAGCAAUAAGUUUGAACAUAGCUGUUUCCUGGCAAAUGUUAGAGAGGAAUCAUCUUCAUCUGGAGGUCUUGUCAAGCUACAAAACAAUUUUCUUAAGAAUAUAGAGAGGGAUCCACCUAAUGUGGAAAAUGUUGCUAAAGGAAUCACUCUACUGAAGCAAAAACUAAGCCAGAAAAAGGUUCUCUUAGUUAUUGAUGAUGUGGACUGCUUGGGUCAGUUAGAAGCACUUGCUGCAGAGUCUGGUUGGUUUGGUCCAGGAAGUAAAAUUAUCAUAACAACAAGAGAUACAAAUUGUGUAAGUCCUGAUUCAACAUAUGAGGUCAAGGAAUUAAAUCAUGAAGAUGCUUCAAAGCUCUUCAAUUGUUAUGCCUUUAAAGGAGAUAUAUAUCCGGAUGGCUUCUUUGAACUUGCAACUGAGGUAAUACAUUAUGCUAAAGGGAUUCCAUUAGUUUUGGAAGUUUUGGGGUCAGACCUAUGUAGUAAAAAGGAUAAGGACGUGUGGAAAGCUGCAUUAGAGUAUUACAGGAGAUGUCCUAACAAAGAGAUUCAAAAAAUUCUCCAAAGAAGUUACGAUGGAUUGCAUGAUCAGAUACAAGAAGUUUUUCUUCAUAUUGCAUGUUUCUUUAAAGGUAAUGCAAAAAGUUAUGUGAUUGAUGUACUGCAAAGCUGUGACCUGAAUCCCAAGUAUGCUCUCGAAGUCCUCGUAGAAAAGGCUUUGAUAAAAAUUGAGGAAGACGAUUGGAUUUGGAUGCAUGAUCUUAUAGAGGACAUGGGAAAAGAAAUUGUUCGGCAAGAGUCUCCUGAGAUAGGAAAACGUAGUAGACUGUGGCUUCAUGAGGAUGUUAGCGAGGUCCUUGAGGAAAACAAAGGAACGGAUAAAAUUAAAGCCAUCGUGUUGGGAAGAGGAGUUUGGAAUUCACAAAAGAUACAGUUGGAUGGCGGAAGCUUCACAAACUUGAAAAAUCUUAAAAUUUUUAAAGUCGAUUAUGAGAUGCUUAGUGGAGAGAGCGUGGAUUAUCUCCCCAACCAGUUGAGGGUCCUUGACUGGAGUGGUUGUUCAUUACGAUCGCUGCCAACAAAUUUUAAUCCGAGGAAACUUGGCAUGCUGCGAAUGAGUGGGCCCUGCACGACUCCUCUGGGAAUGAAAUUGAAGGAAAUGCGACACUUGAAAUCUAUCAAAUUGAGGUUCUCUAAUGGUCUAACCAGAAUUCCCGACUUGUCUGGAUUACCAUGCUUAAAGGAGCUGGAGCUGUCUUACUGUGAAGAUUUAGAUGAAGUUGACCCUUCGGUUGGCCGUCUCAAUAAGCUCGUCCAUUUGAGACUCAGCGAUUGUAAAAAGCUCCAAAUGUUUCCGAAGGUGAUCAACUUGAAAUCUUUGGAAACUCUGGAUCUCUCUGGUUGCCCUAAGCUUAAGUUCUUCCCUGAAAUUGAGGGAGACAUGAAGUCUUUGGCAAUUCUGGAUCUAAGUGGGACUGCCAUCAAAGAGUUACCUUGCUCGGUUGGAAAUCUCACUGGCCUUAAAUCCUUGAAUCUAGAGAGCUGUUAUAAUCUGACAAAUGUACCAUCAAGCAUUUUCUAUGGAUUGCAAUGUCUGGAGGAUCUUGAUCUUUCGGAAUGCGUUAACCUUGUUACAUUUCCAACAAAGUCAGAAUCAGUUCCUCCUCCCCCGGUCUUUUCAAUUAACCUCACUUCCAGAUUACAAGUUAAUCUAAACGGUUGUCGCUGGGGGCUUGAAGAAAUUUCAGAAUUUCCACAAGAAAUAGAUGGCUUAUCUGUGUGUGGUUGUCGGUCAUUGAAAACAAUUUCAAAGUUGUCAAAAAUUUUGGAGGGGAAAGAUCCAAAAAUGUUCAGUCAGUUGGACUUGACUUGCUGCUACACACUCUGCGACAAUCUGGCUCGUGGAGUGAUAUCAGGGGUUGACAAGCGACUAUUUCAUCUGGCCAACAAGAGAACCGGAGGAUUGAUAGAAGAAUUGAUGGAAGAGGAAGUGAAAUUGACGGCUCUGUUGACUCUAUUUUUCUCUUGUGCGAAAUCUGAAGAAUUCCAAGUAACAUUUCCUGCACAUGCUCCGCUUCCAAACUGGUUCACCUGCCGUCAAGAUGUGAAUGGUAAAGUGAUAAAUAAAGAGCACGAGUUUUGCAUUGAAAUUCCUCAAAACUCCAAUUGGGACAACAAAGGGUUGGCUCUCUGUAUUCAAUCGUAUUCUGAUGAGGGUUUUUUCCCUCCUGAACUCACUCAUUUUGUUUACAUCAAUGGAAUAAAGUUUCAUGAGAAUCUCAUGUCUCCGGAUGAAGAAGUGUGGGUGCAUUAUAUUCCAAUCGUGACAGUAAAAAAGAGGUUGAGUGAAAGUGGGAUAUCGUCACCUGAUAUGUUUCGAGUUAUGUUUCGUCUUGAAGAAAAUUUUAUUUCAAGGCCUUUUGGGGCAAGCUGGGGAGUCCACCUGAUCGAAGAUUUGGAAGGAGAAGGCCAAUGAUAGUUCAGCUGACUUCCAGUAUAUGCUGAUUUUGCUGCCAUUGAGGAUGACAUUCACACACCCAAGUUACAAAACACUUACCUGGGAAGAACUACUCCUUUAAAAGCAUGAGGCUUGAUCAUCAUAACACAAUGUGAAGGAGUGUUCAAUUUAGAGGAAAUGAUCGAGUGAGUCUUUGGAAUCAAACCUCUAGAGCAUGAUCAAUGGAGUUGAUAAGACCAACACUGAGGGUAUCUAUGUCUGAAUUCCUUGUUUGUUCCAGAGCAGUAAAGACGCACACAUUGAUCAAUAUUUCAGAAAUAAAAGGACACAGGGAAAAAUCCUUAUGCAAUGUCUGUAUUAAGUUGAGUUGCAAAGGAACUCGAUGCUCCAGAUAUGGCUGAUACAAUAGAGCAAGUGGAUUAUGUACUUCAUUAGCAAGCAAGGUCGGACAUACCAUGGAUUUCAUUCAGUUUUUCCUAAGAAGGAAGGCAAUACAUGCCUGUUGCAAGUUUGAGUCAUCCCUGAUAAAAAGGUUCAAAGGUGUAGAAGAGUUGAGGAAAACAGCAUUUGGGCCUCUUAAAAAUGUCUGCCCAAAUUGAGGAGGACAUUGAUGCAGAAGAGUUGCAGGCGGGUGGAAGCAUUUCACCAAGAGCUUAUAUUGGAACAACAUGGUGAUCGAUCAACAUAUAUAAAAUGCUGAGGUGAACUAUAUAUUCCUUUUGAAUCAACAAUUAGAGAUGGUUUAUGAGUUGCUAUCAUCUGAUUAAUU